AUGGAAGUUGUAGCAAAAAAAACUCCCAACUCACUCUCUUUGCCAUGGGGAACAAGAAUUUUCCUUCGCCUUCUUGGCAUUUUAACUGAUAUAGUGUCCCGCAAAGACGGGACAGUGAACCGGAGAUUCAUGAGUUAUUUCGAAAGCAAGAUCCCGCCCACGUUAAAACCCGUGGAUGGCCUCAAGACAUAUGACGUGGUCUUGAAUCCAACUUUCAAAACCUGGUUUCGGGUAUAUCUCCCAACAGAAUUCUCUGUUGAAGAUCUCCCUGUCCUUGUAUUCUAUCACGGUGGUGGGUUUUCCUACAUGGCCGCCAACUCAAAGGUCUACGAUGAUUUGUGCCGCAACAUGGCUACAAAAAUGCAGGUCAUUGUUAUUUCCGUUGAAUACCGUCUUGCACCAGAGUUCCCGCAUCCUGCACAAUAUGACGAUGGAAUUGAUGCACUGAAGUAUUUGGACGUGGAAGAGAAUCGGUUAAAAUGUUCACUACAAAAUGCAAACUUUUCACGUUGCUUCGUGGCUGGAGACAGUGCUGGUGGAAACCUAGUUCAUCAUGUUGUUCAAAGAGCAUGCGUCACCAGUUUUAAACAUCUCAAGGUAAUUGGCUUAUUGGCAAUUCAACCAUUUUUUGGAGGGAUAGAGCAAACAAACUCUGAAAAAGAGUUGGAUGAACAGGUGCCUAUCUUGACGGUGAAGCGAACAAAUUGGUUUUGGGACGUGUUCAUGCCAGAAGGUAAAGACCACGACCGUGAUCACGCAAGCAUCAACGUAAGUGGCCCGAACGCCAUAGACAUCACAAAAUUUGUCUUUCCAACAACCAUGGUUGUUGUGUCCAAGUUCGAUAUUCUACAUGACUGGCAGAAAAAGUACUACGAGUGGCUGCUCAAGUCUGGAAAAGAAGUAGAAUUGGUGGAGUACCCAAAUAUGUUUCAUGAUUUCGUUUGCUUCCCUGAGUUACCAGAAGCUGACCAAUUAAUCUUUCAGAUGAAGGAGUUUAUUUACAAGGUCUUUAAUAAGGCUUAG